CUCUAACCCUAAAGCAACAGAGAAACCAAUGGCCAACGAAUUGCCUGAAGACUUGGUGAUGCAGAUUCUGCUAUGGCUUCCGGUCGUCUCUCUCUUGCGUUUCAAGUGCGUCUGCAAAUCCUGGUACGCUCUCAUCACACACCAAAACUUCGUAAGAAAACACCUCCUACACAACAACAACAACAACAGCAACACCCACCUUCUCCUUAAAACGAGCAACAAAACAAUGGACGAUUAUGUUGUAUCCACGAUUUCUUAUGAAGGACUCCAAAUAACCCCCCUUACCCCCCUUACACAACCUGUACCUCCACAGUAUUUUAGGAACGGCGAGGAGUUUGGCGAGUUUAGCGAGGUGUUUAGUAUUUCUGUGGUGGGUUCUUGCAAUGGUCUCGUUUGUAUCCAUGCUUGCGAUAAAUUGAAGGUUGUUAUAUGGAACCCUACAACUAGAGAAACAAAGGUUGUCCCCGAAUCAAACCUGCCCAUCUUCGCCCCCGCUGGCUAUUGCACCCAUAUUCAAGGUAUGGGAUUUGGUUUUGAUGCCAAAACUAAUGACUACAAGGUAAUCAACUUUGUUAGUAUGUAUGAACCAAAUUUCGACAGCUAUUUUACGAAGGACGUUAAAGAAAUCAUAUACCAAAAAGAGGUAUACAGCUUAAGCACCGAUUCUUGGAGAAAAGUUGAUGGACCCCAGUGUUUUAUUGUGGAACAUGUUCCGAUGACAUACAUCACUGGGAUGGGUUCUUGGCUGGCAUAUGUUGAUUAUGUUAAUCAACGGGACUUAUUUGUUUUGUCAUUUGACAUGAGCAAUGAGGUAUUCCUAAAAACACCACUUCCAGAUAAUGUUAAUGGGCAAGCCCUUUUGGUGUUGAAUGAAUCGAUAGCCAUGGUUGCUUUCAAGCCGGUUGACGACAAUUGGAGGGAGAUUGGAUUUGAUAUAUGGUUGUUACUUAAAGUUGGUGUUAAGGACUCCUGGAAUAGGCUUUUUACUAUUGGACCAUCGAUUGCAAGAAUUCACCAACCAUUAGGAUUUUGGAAGAAUGACACCAUGUUCUUGACUAAAAUUGAUAGCGGACAACUGUUCUUGUAUGACCCCUCUACCCAACAAAUGACUGAUCUCCAAAUUCAUGGACAUAGUGACUCGAAGGAGAUGCAGUUGGUUACUUAUAUGGAGACCCUAGUUUCUGUCAAGGGAGGAAAUGAAUCUGAAGAAUAGGACAAUUGUUGACAAGGCUUGAGGGCCCAUCUUUCUAUAUCUGUUCCAAUUGUGUUUCAAGCAGCAUAUAUGUGCUGAGAUAAUAUUUU